AUAAAAACUCCCUUGAAUAUAAUAAAUAAACAAAAUCCCACUCUUUAAAAAAAAAAGAAAAAAAAAGGGCGGUUACUGGUUGGUAGUGUCUACAGGAACUAACUGCUUUUAUUAUUAUUUUAUUUUUUGGCUGCCAAUUAGAAAACUGCCGAGAACUUGUCGGAGAGAAUCUGAAAGAAACCGGCAGCGAACUCUCUCGGUGGCGCACACUCUUAUCAUGCACACUCCCUCCUUUCAGUUGCUCUUCCUUCUUCUUCAAUGGCCUAACCUGAACUGCUAACACUGAUUCUACCAUUUCUCGUCGCAUCGACCUUCGAGCUUUUUCCUGGCUUUCCUCAGCUCUGAAUAUCGUGUUGUUGGUGUUUGGCAUACAGGGAAUUCAGAUUUUCAAAAACAUGGCAAAGUCAAAAAAUUCGAGCCAAAAAAAGCACCGUUUGGCAAAGAAUGGACAGGGUUUUGGAGAUUUCACGAACCAAAAGAAUGAUUCUCAGAGUGGUUCACAAACCUCUGUUUCUUCGGUGGAGGUUCCUUUCGACAAUGCAUCUUCCACAGACUUUCCUUCUCCAAGGAGAAAGGAUACUGUUCUUACAGUUCUGACCCCUCGUGGUAUUGGUGAUGAACCUAUAUGCAUGGAUGCUUCACCAUGUAGUUCACUUAGUGAUCCAAUUUCUUUAGACGAGAGGUGCCCAGAAUUUGUAUGUAUUGACAAUGAGGAAGUCUCGGGAGUUGAGACUAUUAAAUGGAGGACAAACAGUCUCUAUAUUCCAGAUGAUUUGGAAAUAGGAAGUAUCUUGUAUAGAGAUAUGUUUGCAGAGCUGACGGCAAUUGAUAAAGCAGUCGAUAUUGAUAAGAAUUUCACGGAUCCACAAUUUUGUGCAUCUAUUGCUUUUGCUUCUGACGCAUACAAAUACUUGCGCGCUGCUGAGGCUAAUAAAAGACCUUCUGCAAACUUUAUGGAAAGGAUCCAAAAAGAUAUCAAUGCCAACAUGCGUGCAAUAUUAGUUGAUUGGCUUGUAGAAGUUUCGGAAGAUUACAAGCUUGUACCUGACACACUAUUUUUGACAAUUAACUACAUAGAUCGCUAUCUUUCUGACAACUUGAUGAGUAUGAAAUAUUUGCAGUUGCUUGGUAUUGCAUGCAUGUUGAUUGCAGCUGGAUAUGUGGAGAUUUCUCCACCUGAUGUGGAAGAAUUCUGCAAUGAUAAUGCAUUUUCCAGAAAGGAUGUUUUGGAAAUGAAAACCUCUGUGCUGCAUUACUUGAAGUUCGAAAGGACAGCUCCAACAACUAUAAGUUUCUUGAAGCGAUUUGUAUGUGCAGCUCAAGCGACCAGUGAGGUUCCUUCAGCACAGAUGGUUUGCUUGGCAAAAUAUAUUACAGAGUUAUCUCUUGUAGAGUAUAGCAUGCUUCGCUAUACCCCGUCAUUAAUUGCUGCUUCUGCUGUUUUCUUGGCCAAGUAUAUGCUUACCCCUUCGAAGAGACCCUGGGAUUCUAUAUUGACGUAUUAUACACUUUAUAAAGAUUCUGAUUUGUUUGACUGUGUAAAAGCACUACAUUACCUGUGCUGCAAUGGCAUCAAUUCAAAGUUACCAGCACUAAGGAAGAAGUACAGUCAACAGAAGAGUGCUUUCUCGUGGAUGUGGAAGAACAAAGAUACAGAUACUAGUACCACACCAGAGUACGUGUUUCUCCAAAUGAAAGAGCAAACUUCUAUGGAAAGUGGAGCAAGCUGAACUUCCAGAUCAGAAUGAAUACUGGAAAGCAAAUUCACCACCAUGCAGUCAGAAGAAGAUAAUCAAAGUUUGUGUGCUUCAAAGCUAUUAUGCCUAUUUCAGAGUAGUAAGUAUACAAAAUAGUACCGGUUACCCAAGAAUUGCAGUUCCAA